AUGUCCAGAGCCCCGGGGGGGAGGCAAGCGGCCGAAGGCGGCGACCGGACGGCCGGGAGUCGGCUGCUGGACAGCCGCAGCUUGGAUGGGAUCAGCCAGGCGUACGGGGCCAGCCGGGCGCAGGAAGGAAGCAGGGCCACCAUCUCCAGCGCCCUGGAGCUGGAAGGGACGGUCAGCCACGACGGGGACCUCACCCACUUCGUGGCCAACAACCUGCAGCUGAAAAUCAAGCUGAGCUCCAGAGGCAGCCUGGAGGAGCCGGAGCCCCCGGGCCAGCCCUUCCCCGGCUUGGGGCGGGGGAAAGCCGCCGACAUCCCCCCCAUCGACCCCGAGGUGCUGCAGCAGCUGGAGCGGCUGACCCAAGAGGUGGCCCACAAAGUGGACCAGAUGAUGCGGAGCUUGAACUGCAACAUCCAGAACAUGACGGCCCUGAGCGUGGGCUACAUCCAGACCUACCGGGACGCCGUGGACAGCCUGGGCGAGUCCGUGGACAUGAGCAUCAAGGGGAUGUACACCCUGAUGGCCCGCUGCGAGGAGCUGGACCGCUCCAUGCAGCCGGUCCACGCCCUGGCCAAACAGAUCCGGGAGAUCAAAAGGACCCUGGAGGUAUUCGAGUCGCUGUGCAAGUAGCGCCGGUGGAAAACAUUUGUCGGCUGCUUUGUGGAACCGCUGUGCUGGUUGCAAACUCCAAAAGGGAAAAUGGUGUGGUUGUGUGUUUCAUGUCGCCCGCUGCCAUAAGCCUAGUACACUAAAAGCAGACACUGCUUUGUAGAAGGGGUGUCUGAAAAGGGGCUAAUUUCCCCCUAUUACUUGAAAACCUCCUACCCUCUCUGUUCCUUUGAGGGGAUGAUGCCUGCAGGUGAUUUCAAAGGACCCUAAGGUAAUUGUGCGUCCAAAUGCUGUUGGAGUUGGAACCCAACCUCAGGGGGAGGCGGGCUGCUUGCAAACUCCCAGGUGUGAAGAAUUGUUGGCCUGACAAGGAAUAGGGGAAGGGGAUUCCCUGGCAUGUUUCUCUGUAAAAUAAGAAUAUUUAUACUUAAUAAAGCUACUCAGUCAUUUGCCAAA